UUCUGUAUAAAUGUCUAAUAUUGCUAUUUAUUGAGGUUAAUGUGUCUUCAGGCAGUCGUAGGAAGACAAUGCAGCAAUAGGAUGUCUUUUAUUUCAGAGCAAGAUGACAGGAAAUUGUGUACCAAAAUGUUAUUUCCCAGCAUUUUUACUGUGGCACAGUGGUACAUCAAUUUAAAACGUCUUAUUUUGCAAAUGAAGAUUAAUGUCUGAAGUCAGGUGAUAACAUAGCUAUUUCUUUUUAGCUGACUUUGUGAUAUGCUUGUAUAAUCUCUUCAACAGUACACCUUGGGCCUUUCUGUGCAGUGAAUAGAAUCAGUGUACUAGAAUCAUCAGGAAGAAUCUUUUGAACAGCUUCCUUAGCUUGCGAGACAACAGCCAUGUGACUAUUUAGUUACUCAUAUCUGUGAGCAUAACACAUCACCUUCCUUAUUCUCAGAAAUUUUGUGGGCUUUUCUCUUUAUUUUAGCAUCACUAUAGAAUAUUCUUCCAGUGUUUGUAGGCCGCCUGCUUUUCUACUUUUUUCAUGUUUCUGUCAACAUCUUAAAUACCAUACUCAGUGGGGUUUCUUCUCUCCCACAGAAACAAGGAACUAAGUACUUAAUAUUCUUCUCUCUAAAAUUCUUGGCAAGUCUGUCGUAAACAGCAUCUCAGAUUAUAUCUUGCAAUUUAUUUCUGGUCUGGAAUUUAUCUUUGAUAUAGAGACUAAUAUUCUAUUUGGGAAUUCUUUUUACCUAAUCGGCACACUUGUGCCCAUUUAAUUCUUAGGUGCUCAGCAAGCUGAGCUAUAGAACAGCAUGCACACAGCUACCUUCAUGUGUUAAUAUGCUUAUUAUUUUUUCAUGCAGAUAAGAGACUUUUUUUUUUUUUUGGACCUCAUGUACUCUUUGCUCCCCCCCCCCUUGCCCCGUUCAUUAUCUGAACUAAUCUAAUUUUCUCUGUGAACUGUCAUUUAAUGUUAUCCGCAGCAUACUUAUUCUGUUAUUCUGUCUAUGUGCAGAUUAUCUGCUUCUUAUUACAUGUGUCACUUACAAGGUGGCACGUGGUUCCUGAAUCUUCCUGAAUUUGGUCCGUUCCUUUUAAUUUCUCUGCAUUCAGAGAAAAAUGAACUUGUCUUUACCUCCUCAGACCUUCUCAGUUUGGUCAUUCUUGAAUACUUGUUCUCUCAUAUUCUAAUACUUCUACCUUUUUGUCUCCAAACUGGAGCUUUUAACUAUUUCUUUGAGUCUUUGAAAUAGUUUGUCUUUAUACUUUCCAUUUUGCCCUUAAAGAAGAAAAGUCAGAUUCACUUUAGCAAGUAGUUUUUGGCCUCAUGUUCUUUGAAUUACCGUAUCUCAGUUUUAGCGAGAUUGAUUCUCUAAUAGAUGCAUCUCAAUAUACAAGUAGUUUUUGAACUAUGCUCCAUAUAUAUGAAAUGAAGUGGAAUUAUUAAGCAUUUCUAUGUGGGUGUUAUGUUGCAGCUUGUUGAAUAGUGAAAAUAUGAGAGUCAGCUUUAACUUGUAUAAUUUCUAAAUAGUGGAGAAUGUUUGAAUCAAAACGCACCUCUUAGUUUGCUAUGUAAGGAAGAGAUUUUUGCAUUCCCGAACUUAGAUUUUUAUGGGGUGCAUCCUUUUAAAUAAUGGAUACUUACUAUGUAUUCUUGUGGUGAGAAUAUGACCUAAAUGAAAACCAUAGUGAAAUAAAACAAUAAUCUCCUCCAUUCUGUUAAAUUAUUUGGUAUAAUGUCAAUUUAAUGAAACUAAGUUAUGAUUCGGCAUUAGAUUCAAGGGCUAGGAGACUGAAGAUGGUAGCACAAGUAGUUGGUUUUGGGUUAGAGACUUUUUCAAGAGGAUAAAUUAAGUCAGUGUCAGCAAUCCUUACUGACCACGUGUUAGCAGACAGUAAUCUUUUUCAGAUGUCAUGAUAGGUCCCAGCUUAAAGGAGCUUCGAGGGAAGAUGUGGUACUGAAUUAAUAGACUAAUCUGAAGUUGGUUCUGUGCAUAAGAGUAACAACAUUGAAGAGGGUGGUAAAAAGGUUCACAGGUCUGCUAGAGCAUAUGCAAGAAUGUGAGUGAGCAGUAUAAGGGGUGUAUGCAUGGAAAUAAGAGUAUUUUUCAUAUCGAAACAAAAGAUAUUAGACCCACAAAUCAUAUUGGGAGGUAGCUGAUUUGUAUUGUCCAGUAAAAUGGUUUUGAUGCUUUAUUGCAAUUCAUUAUAAAUCGGUGUACCCUGCUGUUUCCCUUGCCCAGAAUUCGUGGGAUUGAAGUUCUAGUGUGUAGAACAGUACUAUUCAUCUGUUGUGUUGGAUAUUAGUGUUGGUAUUUCAGGGACUUGAAUAAGUAAAUUGUCCUGUCUUGAAAGUUUUCUUAUUCCAAUUGUCAACUACUGUACAGUUGACAUAAAACAUCAGAAAUGGCAUCAGUCAAAUGAUGUCUUACAGGGUGGUGCUGGUGAGAGAUUGGUAUUCCUGAAACUCCUUUUAUUUCCCUUUUGUUUGUUGUGCCAGCGUAUCACACCUGUGAUAGGAAAGUGCUGACUUGUGUUUACAUAUAUAUGUAUGUAUUUCUUGCUUUUGUAGAAGGUUUAAAUGUAAGCAUUAGGUUUAAAACAAGAAUGAAAGGUUACGUGUUUCUUUUAGUAUUUAUUCUCCACAUUAAUCAAGGUGUAAUGGCUUUUUCUAAUUAAAAAAUUAUUAUUAUGCCUUUGGCCAUUAUUUGUGCAUUUUGCAAGUGGUUAUUCAAAGGACAGUAGAAGUUAAAAGAACAUAAGCUUUUAAGUUCCUUUAUAUGAUGAGUUAUUUCUUUCCAAUAUCGAAUUACAUUGUAUGUUUUCACAGUGUUUGCGGAAGUGCACGGUAUUUUCAGGGUUGGAUUGAUACAGAUAUUUUUAGUAACUGUAGAUUAGUUUUAAUUAGCAUUCUUCAUCACUGCCCUGUUUAGUUGGAACACUUAAUGUGAGAUUUUGGGAGUGAGGCAUGCAUCUUAAUCUGUUUGCUCAUGUUAAAUCUGUGUGUGGGGGCUACAUUCUUCAUUAUUAACAUGUUACGUAAAGUUAGAAUAAAAAGCCAAAGAAACACACUUCUAGUGAUGCUAUUUAAUUGGAAAAUGUAUUAAUUUACUAGGAAAGAUGUUGGUGUAGGACUACUUUGUGUUGCUGACUUAAGAUCUCAAUACAGCAUGAGUAAGAAAGGAAAAUACAUUUACAAUUUAUUCUGUUAGUUGUAAUGGCAGACCAAAAAUAAUUCUGUCUUCAGUGACCUUUAGAUACCUCUGAAACAAUAAACACAGCAGAUGCACGUUUUAUGAAGAUUAGCUGUCAGUAUGAGGAGAUUAAUUUUGAUAGGAUUCUAGUCCUGACAUGCAGCUGUUUAUUCCUUUAUUUGUGGUUGCAUGCUUUUAAGAAACUUGUAUGCUGCUGUCUAUGUUUUUCAGUAUAAAAUAAUUGUAUAUGAGACUUGUGCUCUCCAUACUAUUUGGUUAAGCCUAAGCAAUGGAUGUGGCAUGGACAAAGAUUUUGAGGCUCAUCCCCUGUGUGACUGGGCCAAACAUGGAGAGGAAUAUAGUGUUCCAGCUCAUUAAUGUUACCAUUGUGUGUAAAUUCAGGAUGAUUAAUGACCUAACUGAAACGCGUUACUUAUGGAAAAAACCAAACGACAAAUGACCUAACGUUAAUUUAAUUUGGUAUUUAAUUAGAAAUAUUGUUCUAUCAAGUUUUGAAACCCAUUGUGCUCACCAUUGCUGGUCAUACUUGGUGUAGCUAGUAUACAAAAGUACUGUGCCAGUUUGUAACAACUGAAGUGUCAAGUGUUCUGAGUUCUAAAACUCCAAGAAGAUAUUGAAAACAUGAGUUGCUUUCUUCCUUCCCAGAUAUUUGCUUUGGAAAAAAUCUUCUGUUGUUCUAUGUUAAAUUAUGAAUUUUUAGCUCUUUUUACUGCUGUCUGAAGUUAAUAAAUUUUUCCCAAAUUUUGGUUAUUCCUUGUGAUUAUAUCUGUUCCUUUGUCAUUUUUUUCAGCUAGUUUCAUUCCCUGAAGGCAGUUCGUUUCAGAGAUGUUAGUCAAAUGUGAAAAAAAUUGAAGUGACUUGGUCCAGACACCACUUGGUUUGCAAUGUGAGCUUUGGGUGGCAAUGCCCCCCCUGCUCCUCUGUGAAACAGAAAAAAACAACUCUUAGACAGUAACUCCAACAAAGCUGAAGCUUUAGUUACAUGGUUGUAUAUGCUUUUCGGAAGCUUUUGCUAAAAGAGAGAAACCACGGGGUCAGCUCCUAACUCAGUGUUUCCAGCUGUCAGAGAAUCUGCUGUUUUGUUGUAACUUCUGCUGUUGUGGUUUCUCAGCAUACCUUACUGAUCACUCUAGAACUUUUUUCCCACUGAACCUAUUUGAUAAAUAAUGAAAAAAUUGCGUUCAGAAAAACCAGUAAAUUAUUUUUGAGAAGAGGUCUUCAUCUUCAAGUUGUAUAAUUGCAAAUUGCUGGUUUAAGUCUGUGUUCUGCUUUGCACCAUGGGAAACAGUGGAACUUAGAAAUUUGUGCAAUUUGACUUUGUUUGAAUAGUAGCCUGGGGGAGGGUGGAGAGACACUUCAAGUAAUUUGGGCAGCUGGAAAAUCCCAGGUAGGUGUAAUGCUUUAGAUGAAACUAAAGGUAGUAGGAGGCCAAGAAGAGCAGGUAUGAAGAGAUUCCAGUCUGUAGUGGCAUAUAUGUUGGGAAAGGAUUGUAAUCACCCUUGGGGGCUUUAGCUCUUGUUUUUGGCUUGCUUUGUACCCUCUGAGCUUCAGAGAUGCCACUAAUGCAGCACAGUAUAAUGUUUACGUAGGAAACACAGAAUGAAAUAGUUGCAUAGUGGUGCCCUUCAUGGUUGUCUUGGUGGGUAAUGACUUUCCUCCAGGCAGGAGAAAGCUGUAUGUUGCAACUUUCCCUGAACCUAUUGAAUAUAUCAGAUCUGGUUGGUCUGCACGUUUGCACUUGGUCUGGUACUUCUGGAAACGCUGGAUUUACUGCCUGUGCAAAUAAGGUGUGCCUAUAGUUUUCCCCUGUGGAGCUUAGGAAAGAAUAGUCAGGAGUAGUCUGCUCUGGUUGCCAUCUUUCCAGACCUCUCCUGAGAUCUGAUCAUGGUCAUCAACAGAAUGAGCUGUUCUCUUUAAAUUUAACCAAGUGGUGCUUAACAGUAAUAUCUCCAGUCUUAACAAAGCACAAGUAGAAGUGUUUCAAUGUACAGGUGAUUAAGAAGUCUUAUCUAGACUAAAAGUGUAUGGUAGAUCUUCCAGUGAGUAUACCUAAUACAGAUUUACUUCUAGUUUCAGUACAAAACGGUUCGAUUCAUCAAAAGGAUGCAGUAAAUGAUGAUGAUUUUGAGCCAUAUCUAAGUAGUCAGACAAAUCAGAGUAACAGCUAUCCACCAAUGUCAGACCCAUAUAUGCCUAGUUAUUAUGCUCCAUCCAUUGGAUUUCCAUACUCUUUAGGCGAAGCAGCAUGGUCAACUGCAGGUGACCCUCCAAUGCCAUACUUGACAACUUAUGGACAAAUGAGUAAUGGUGAACACCAUUACAUACCUGAUGGUGUAUUUAGUCAACCUGGGGCAUUAGGAAAUACCCCUCCAUUUCUCGGGCAGCAUGGAUUUAAUUUUUUUCCUGGGAAUGCAGACUUCUCUACAUGGGGGACAAGUGGAUCUCAGGGACAAUCAACGCAAAGCUCUGCUUACAGCAGCAGCUAUGGCUAUCCACCUAGUUCUCUUGGGAGAGCCAUAGCAGAUGGACAGGCUGGAUUUGGCAGUGAUACUCUGAGCAAGGUGCCUGGGAUUAACAGCAUUGAGCAAGGCAUGACUGGACUGAAAAUUGGUGGAGAUAUGACGGCUGCUGUAACAAAAACUGUAGGUUCAGCUCUGAGCAGUACAGGUAUGACAAGCAUUGCAGCGAACAGUGUGCCCCCAGUUAGCAGUUCAGCACCUAAACCAACCUCAUGGGCUGCCAUUGCAAGGAAGCCUGCUAAACCUCAGCCGAAACUCAAGCCUAAAGGUAAUGUGGGCAUUGGGGGCCCUGCUGUGCCACCACCACCUAUAAAACACAACAUGAAUAUUGGAACUUGGGAUGACAAAGGGUCAGUGGUAAAAGCACCCCCAGCCCAACCAGUACUGCCUCCUCAGACUAUAAUCCAGCAGCCUCAGCCAUUAAUUCAACCACCACCACUGGUGCAAAGCCAACUGCCUCAACAGCAGCCUCAGCCACAGCAACCACAGCAGCAACAAGGACCUCAGCAGCAGGCCCAGCCUCACCAGUUGCAGCAGCAACAGCUGCAAAACCGCUGGGUAGCUCCUCGUAAUAGGGGUGUGGGCUUCAGCCAGAACAACGGAGCUGGUAGUGAGAACUUUGGUUUAGGUGUUGUAUCCGUCAGCUCCUCACCUUCUGGUGUGGAAGUGCACCCAGUGCUGGAGAAACUAAAGGCCAUAAACAACUACAAUCCCAAAGACUUCGAUUGGAAUCUGAAGAAUGGACGUGUGUUUAUAAUCAAAAGUUAUUCAGAGGACGAUAUUCAUCGCUCCAUUAAGUACUCUAUCUGGUGUAGUACUGAACAUGGUAAUAAGCGCUUGGAUGCUGCUUACCGUUCCCUGAAUGGAAAAGGCCCACUCUAUUUACUCUUCAGUGUGAAUGGCAGUGGACACUUCUGUGGAGUGGCUGAGAUGAAGUCUGUUGUGGACUACAAUGCAUAUGCUGGUGUCUGGUCUCAGGAUAAGUGGAAGGGGAAGUUUGAUGUCAAAUGGAUCUUUGUCAAAGACGUUCCCAAUAACCAACUGCGGCAUAUUCGCUUGGAAAACAAUGACAACAAACCGGUUACCAAUUCGAGGGACACUCAAGAGGUACCCCUAGAAAAAGCCAAGCAAGUGCUUAAAAUAAUUGCUACUUUCAAGCAUACCACCUCAAUCUUUGAUGACUUUGCACAUUAUGAGAAGCGUCAAGAGGAGGAGGAAGCCAUGCGUAGGGAGAGAAAUAGAAACAAACAAUAACUAUAUGGAGAUGUCCUGCUAGAAUUACAACACUAAUGAUGUAGACUCUGGAAAUGCCUAAUAUGUCUAAGAAGACGUUAUUAAAGCUUUUUUCUGCUUAAGGUGACAUCUUUGAACACUUUAACACAAAAUUGACUCUUCUUGUAAUGGUUCUCAUCAGUGCAUCUGCCCUUAUACUCUCUCACCAAACACACUUGAGAACUGUACCUUCGUCAAGCACUUUCUGUCCUGAAGCUUUUACCAGUAUCUGCUGUCUUUUGUAUUUAUGCAUCCUAGCUAAGGCACAGGAGACCGAACGAAUGCAAGGAUUCAUUAACUCUUUGAAUUUGUUAAAUACUAACAUUUAACCAUUAGAAGUGGUUCAAUGAUGUGAGAUUCACAUUGCUUCAACUUAAUUUUUUUCUUUGUUGUAGUUUUUUUAAUUGUCAGUUUUUAGCUAUUCAACAGAUUAAAAGCAAAUCAUGCCAUAUUUAGUCCUGGAGUAAAACUCGAGUCUAAAUGUUCAUGUGAAAAAUUAUUGUAGUAAUCUUUUAAUAUGGCAAAGCAACUUUAAGCUGCAAUUUAGCCAAAUGAAACGUAACAUAAAAUUAUAUUAGAAUGACAUUUCCCUUGUUUCAAACCGUUUGGUGUAAGAGAAUAUUAAUAUGCAGCUUGGUGGACACCACCAGUUAAUGCACAUUUCUUUAUUUUUUUUUUCUGUAACAUGUAUACUGAAAAAAGUGCAUUUGUCUGAGGAACUGUUUGUUUGCUACCACUCAAUGAAUCUCAGUUUUGAGUAAAUGUACCUCAGUCUAAAUCAGACUUUUUAUGACCUUUAUAACUACAUUUAAAAUAAUCUUUAAUUCCUAUUUCUGGGUGUUUGCAAGCCUGACAGAUUGCUAUCAUGAAAGUGAAAAUUUACUCCUAGGUGAUUCACUAGCUAAAUAAACAUAAUUCUUGUUUAGCAAGCAUAUCCUCUGUUUCUCAAAUUUUUUUUCUUUCAUUAUCCCAACAUCCAGGUGUUUUUUCCCCAUUUGAAAAUAUUUUGAGAAAAAUACUUUGAUCCAUGGAGAUGACAUAUUCAUAGACAUGUUAACAAGAUUUUUGUUAGAACCAUGCAACAAGAAUUUUAGAAUACAUAUUAAACUGGGUAAUUCUAUACUACUUUUUAACUUCUAAAAAUUAUAUCUUUUGUUUCAGCUUAUAUAGCAACACAUUCUGUCUGCUGGAAGAGAAUAUUAAAAAAAUGUUAAGCGGGUGUAUUGACUGUACAAAAUACUGAACAGCCUGUACCAAACUCCAGGGAUAGCUUUCUCUUUUUAGAACAGCAAUGUAGAAGUCGGAUAUGUUAUAGCUUAAAAUAGCAAUACCACAUAUUAUUUGAACAUGUUUCAUGUCUUACUGUCCAACACAGAUGUUUAUAUUGUGUUUCGAGUCCUACAUUUACAGAUUCUGGCAAAGUUCUGGAGCUUAAGUGGCAAAGGUUUGUUUUGAAUACAGACUAUUCUGCUAUAUUUUACUCUCUCGUCUUAAGCCCCUUGCGCUCUUCUAACCUUGCAAACACCAAAUAUUCAGUACAAACUUAUUUCUUGAUCAUUAUUUACAAUAUCGUUUGAGACUGCAGAGUAGCAAAUACGAAUCUUCAUUUUUAAUGCCAGUUUUCUGGAAGCUCAAAAGGGAAGAAGCUGCUCUCAGUUUGAGAAAAGAAGCCAUCUUGCUUAAAUGCAGAUGUGUAACAAAUAGCAAGUAGGGUGAGGGAGGGAUAAGCAAAGUGCAUAUUGUAAGAAGAGACUGGGAGAUAAAGGUUUCAAGCCCAAACCCUAUGAAAUUUGGCUUGAGCCCUAGAAUUGCUGCUUUUGUGCAUUUCUGUUUCUUGCUAACAGGCUAAAGCUAUUACAGCUAUUUGUUUCCCUCUGUUGGCUGAUUUGUGGAUCACUGCCUAUUAUUGCAACUGUCACUGAUCAGUGGCAAAGGUCAGUGUUGUGAGUCCAAAGAUUGUAGUCCUUCUGGUGAUCCUUCAAGGGGUCAGCAUGUUUCUGCUUCUUUGUUACAAAAAUAUCUUACGAAAAUGCACAGAAGUUUCAAGUUAAAAGAAAGCUACUGUUAGAGGCAGGCAUUCAGGAAUUGAUUGCAUGUGCAACCUUAGUUUGCUUCCACUGCAGAAUUCAUAUUUUUGCAGGCUUUGUUAGUAUUUCCUGCUUUGCCCCUUGCCUCUUUUAUUCUAAUAGCAUGAGCAUUGCUCUUGGAUUGAAUCAGGUUUAGUAUAAAAUGGGUUCAUCACUGUUGCAGACUUUGAAAGCUUAGAAAAUGAGACAGGAUUUUGAGAGAAGGAGGUGAUCACAUUUAGAGAGCUGUGACAGUUCUUCUUCUGUUCCAGGAUUGUUAGCAAUUCCACAAAUAGAAGAGUUUCAUUGCUGAUGGUGUUAGUCAUGUUGCGACCGAUUUGCCGACUGCUGAGAGUUUAGUAUGUGCAGCUGAAAUUAAAAGGAAUUUUAUGUGCAUAUAAAGUACUGUAAAAAUAGUAUAUAACAUUGUAAAAUCAGCUAUGGAGUACUGUACUAGUUAAUGGACCUGUGAAACUUCUAGCCUUCAGCUUCCUUAUGCACGAGUUCUUUUCCUCCAGAAAGAAAAGGAAUGGUGCUUAAUAUCUCAAAUAAAUGUAGAAAUACAUUUUUUGGUCUGAUUUUUCAAUACAGUGAAGUUGUUGUGGUGGCUGCUUGCUAACUUGCUAAUGGAGGAGUCAGUGGAACCCCUUUUCUGUUCCCAGUGCCUCCUCCUUUGUGCCAGCAUUUGUUUUCCUGUGAUCCAUACUGAGCCAGUUCAAGACAUUUUCUGCUGCUUUAAUGAUCUGAGCAGUUCUCUGUGAAGUUAGAUGUUUAGAAGGGACAUGGUGGGAGGAGAAGGAAGGAGAUUUGUCCUUUCAGAAGCAGGUACCCACUGUUGAAUAGGCUUAGAUGCACUGUAGCUACACACCUAUGGGUUUGUGAACUAGGGAUGCAGCAGGAUGUUUAAAACUGGGAAAGGCUCCCAACGGGGAAAAAAAAAACCCAAACAAUUCUGUGUUCAGUGUAAGAUUUUAGUUGUGUGCAGUGAUAUAUGAUGUGAUACCAGGAGGAAGGAAGAAAUGCAGAGUACUUUCCAUUUUGAUUACUUUUCCACUUUGAAGAGACCUGAGAAUUCAUACAGAGAAGUUGCUGCUGAAAGACUUGUCCUGCCAACACAAGUGGGACAAAUUAAAGUUGUAUGAGCUUUGCUAACUUUUGAGUGUUGGCUUUGUAACAUCAGCAUCUUUAACACAGGUUUUUUGGUGUUUGACAAGAAAUAAUUCCUGUCAGUUGAAUGCUCAGGUUGCUGGCUUAAGGCAAACAUGGGCACUGCUUUAUUCUGAGGGACUCAGAUUGGGAAAAACUCGAUAUCCUUAACUAGACAAAUUUUACUACUUCCUGUCUUUUGCUGUUCUAGGCUUAAUUUAUCAAAUACUUGCUUCUAUAAAUCCUCUUGCUCUGUUUUCUUCCUUCUGGAUCAUCUGGCAGUUUCAUAAUGCACUGUCUGCAAAAUUCAGAUGCAAAAGCCCCUUGCCAAAAUGAUUCUCAUCCCAGACAAAUCUGUGGCACCAAACAAAUGAUAAAGAUGAACUCAUGGUCAAGUGCAAAUAACUUAGUAUUUGGGAGGAAGCAUCUUAAGUAUUUGUCACUGUUUAGUCAAAGUUCUGUUUUGAAGUGCUUUCUAUAUCAUAGGAGAAUUUACACACUUGAAAUGUAUUCUUUAAAAAAGAAGUUUAAAGCUGUUUUGAUGUACAGGUAUCAGUGCACCUUUCCUAGCUGAAACUGCUUCAACUAAGCAACAGUGUUUUGAAUUCUGUAAGUAGCAGUUACCUAAUUUUUUCAAAAUUAUUGGUGGCUCUUUCAGUGGAAAGGUACUUAAAUACUUCAGCUGAAUCUAGCACAGUGAAAAUCCAGUGUGGACAGUCUUUGAAUUUUCUGCAGCACUGAUGUUUUUUUUUUUUUUUAAUGAAUAAUUUUAGACAUUCAAAUACCAAUUAUCAUUUAGGAAUGGAUUUUACAUUAUUUUCAAAGCUAUUUGAACUCAUUUUUCAACCACUUUGUUAAGGAAAUACACACCAGUUUUUCAGUGUCUUGUUUAUUCUUUUGUCAGGUGAAGAUCCAUAUAAUUUACUGAUAAAUUUGGAGAGAGCAGUUCUUUUCCAUUCUGUUGCAGCAAAAACCGAUUUAAAUUUUGUUUGAUUUUGUGUACAUUAGAGUAUGGUAACUUAGAUGAGAAUUCUUUGGCAUGAGAAUUGACCAUUUGGUCUCAUUCAGUCUGUUUGAAAGUUUCACUGAAAGUAACCUGUUCACAUCCCUAUUUAUUCUGUUUUCAGCCUGAUGCAUCUGCCAUAGUUUAGCAUGGGAAAGGAAAGAAUUUCUCUGUGGAUCACAGAAAUUUUAGGUAAAUGAGUUUGGUCUCAUAUAAAAUUACAAUAUUAGUGUACAACUGACAUGUUUUCCUCAAAACAUCUGUCCUAUACUGUCUGUUCUACUUCAUAUAUUUUAAUAAAGUGCAUUUUAGUAUGAUUAAUAUGGACCUUUCAGUUCACAAAGUUAAAUUUGUAUCCAGUACAGGCUUUUGACAGUAUUUCUCUUCACAUAAUAAUCCUGAAGCAUUUUAUUAAUGAUACUUUCAGUGUCCAGGGAUCCUAAGCCAAAUAUUAAUAAUAAAACUUGCUGUUUAUUAGUAUAAGGGGAUGCAUAAUGUUUGUAUUACCUGUUCUUUUCUGACCUCGUCCAUCCCCACAAGUGGAAAUCUGACAAGCAGAAGUCAAACACCAGUUGGAUGUCUCCUCCAGUCCAUUUCCCUGCAUAUUUCACAAGAAUCUCUUUUGCCACCCUGCAAGCAGAGUGCAAAUGGGUGGGUCUUCAAGUAUCUUCGUCCAGAAAUCUGUUCUUAGUCAGACAUCCAAGAGGUGGUGAGUUUCUUACUCCCAUCUAAGUAAGUAUUCCUUCCCACUUCCCUACCCUUUCUGGGAAGACUCUGCCGUCACGUCUUUUGUCUGCUGCUUCCUUUGGAUGCCCAUGAGAGAAGCUGGCAUUGGAUGCUGUAUUUACAAUCUACAAAAAAAAGUUCCUGACUUCACUUAUUUCCUUCUCUGGACAGAGGAAAUCUCCUGGCAGAGUUUAGCUUGUCUCUGUCUCACCGUGUUUGCCACGAUGUAAAUAGAGAAAUACUGCUUUAGUAACUGGAUGAAUUCAGUCUCCCAUGUGGUGUAUCCCCUUUUUUUUUUUUUAAGUUAACUCUGCAGCAUUUUCAUUCAGAAGGUGGAAAGGGACAUGAUUUCAUUAGAAUUUUAAAGAGCAUACAGUUAUUUAAAUAAAAGGGUCCACUCUAAGUGUUCUUCUGAAUUGUAGUGGUGGUGAUAACCGAUGUGUUAACAGUGAGAGUUUGUAAGCUGUUUGCAUAUCCUGUGUGCAUUUGCACUUGUCAUCUUAAUACUGAAUUAACUUCCUUUGCCUGUAAAAUUAGUUUGUAACAUUUGAGAAACUACUUUUUUCUUUUUUUUUUGUUCUGAAUCUCAUCCACUCGGAGAUACUAUAAUAUUUCAUCUGCCUGCACAAGUUUAUGUGCAUCUUGACAACGGAGUGGAUGUUCAUGUAAAAUGAAACAAGAUACUCUAGAUUGAUGACUGUAUUUUAAGUUGAGCUUGUGGGCUUUCAGACGAACAAGCUGUCUUGAUUUGUGCCCUCAUGUGAAGCAUUACACUUUAAUCUUGAACUCUGAAUUUAUGCAUCCUUUCUUUCCUGUUCUGCAAACAUCUGAAAGAAACUCAGAUGUUAAAAAAAGAAAUCUUUGCUUUAUGCUUAGUCCAGGAAUAAAAAUUUCCAAACUAAGCAUUUGAGCAAGCUAAAUGGAGGUUUAGCAUUAGUUCGAGCUAAGCUAUUGCAUUUCAGCAAAAGGGUAAGAUAAAAGGUUGUGGAUCUUUCACUAUCUACUGUAAUUGUAUAUCUACUGUUUAAAAAAAAAAAAAAAAAGCUGGCACUUUAUUCUGCAAGCAUUAAUAUAUGCAGCUGCUCUUUAGUAUUACCCAAGAAUCUUACAAGUAUUUGCAUCAGUUCAGAUUAGCAGCUAUGUAAAACAGAGGAUGAAAGACUGAGAUCUCUUUCUCCCCCACCCCCCCACCCCAGGAAUACAGAAUUGUUAAAUUGGUUAAAAUUCAGAUGUUUGUGCUGUGUGACUGGAAUACAUUGGAUGAUAAAUCUAUCCCUCUUCUGCUAGUUCUCUGGAAAACAUUGCUACUAAAUUUUUACCAUAAAUUUUUUUUCUCUUUUUUACUUAAAUUGGCUGCCAAUUUGUUUUCAACUUCUUAACUGGUUCGCAGCUUAUUUCUCAUGAGAUGCUUCACUGGGUCUUGUGAGUGUGGUGCUUCAUCAGAAAAUGUGUAGAACUGUAUUAAUUUCUUCAAGUUAAUGUAACUUAAUUGCUAUUAACUUGAGCUAUAUUCCGUUCAACUUCAUAUUUUAUGGUAAUGCUUGGUCUUUCAGUUGUAUCGAUCAUCUUUAAUUUCAAGAAUACCACUUGCAGAACAGUUCAGAGAAGUUUUUAGUUUCUGAAAUUUAUGCUUAUUUUAAAUGUUAAUAAAUAAUUAUCGUAUCUGCUGUUUGGGUUGCUAGUGAAUAUUGAUGAUUUUUUGGAAAACUGAAAGUCAAAGGUGGAGAAUGGAAUACUUGUCCUGAGAAGUAGAUGAAAUGCUGGAGCACCAAAGAGAACCAACAGCUGUACAAGACAAAGGAUGUUAAACAGCCAAGAGACUGUUGUGAGGCUGAUUCUUCACUUACACUUCAGUGUGGCUUUUCAGAUGCUGGAAGAAUCUUUUGCGCGAAGACUUAAAAUUAAGUAUGUUCACAUAGUCCCAUUGAACUCCUAAUUUGGUCUGCUUGGAGGUUGAGUUGUGGGGGUUUUUUGUGUGUUUUCAUUUAUCUCUUAUAUAUCUCUUCCAUUUUUCUCGAAAAGUUGUGAUUUUGCUCUUGGCCUUAACAUCAGUUUACAGUCUUACAGUUAAGUUGCGCUCCAGGAUAAGGUUCCCUAUUUCACGUUUUCUUUAAAUAAGCCGUAUAUUUACCAAGUAUUUGACGGUUAGUUGUGUUCAGUGCAUAGGCCAUUCCCUUGUCCCAAGCCAUGUUUACUAGACUUACCCAGCUGAUUUCAUGGUCAGUGAUUUUUCUAGUCUUGCUUAUUUUAAGUUGCUUAUCUGAAGAAGUUAUUCAGUUACUAGUUUAUUUCUGUGAAUAACUGUUAGUCUUUGGAGUAGGCUGUGCCAGUAAGUUGCAUCAUUUUUUAUUCUCAUACUGAUUAAAUGACAAGAUAAUGAAAUACGAUUAAGUUCUAUGUUAGAUGAAAAAAAAUACUGAUGGUUUCCCACACAGGCUGUGUUUUGAACACUUUCACUACUUAACUCGCUUGCAAGUUCUAGUUAGCUUUUUCUGUGCCAAAUCUGUCUUAGCAGUGUCCAAGGCUUUUUAGGUAGACGGAAAAAGCCUCUGUAUAGAAACACAGCGUUUCUGCAGCAUUACACCAUGAUAGAGUUUCUCACUUAGUGCCUUUCUUUAGAUCCGAGAGUAAGAUUGUGACUGUUGAGGAACUUCAGUCUCAUUCAGUGAGCUUACCUGCUCUCUCUGCAACUGAAGAUUCAGUUGAAAGGACACUGUGACUUUCUACCUUCUUUUCCCUUUGAUGUUUUCCUCCCAUUCCUUGCAAUUCAAUUAAUCAUACCUAUGGCAUGUAAAAGAACAAUGAGCUGUUGGUUUAUUCGGUUGGAACAAGUAGGAGGGAUAAUGGGGAAUCUCUCAAGAAAAUGAGAAACAGAUGGAAUCAUGUGAUACUUACACCUGCAGGGAGCAAACACACCAAUAAAGCCUAAGGUAAAAGGAAAUUGAGGAAAUGCUGUCCAGAUGUACUCUGUUUCACUACACAUUUGUAUUUUGGUUCAGUAUGGAGCUAAAUUCGUGUUGCAGGUUUGGUG